CAUACAGGGGGGUGUGUCAAUGUUAUAUUUAUUGCUCCAUUCGUCAAUAAGUAUCAACAAUAUUUGUUAGAAGGUUAUUAAUUUAUGGGUUUUAAUUUGAGUUAUCAAUCCAAAUGCAUUAUUAACCUUCAGCGCACCGUUGGCUCUGCUACGCGGACGUUCGUCAUACGUUAAGAAACUUGCAGAGCGCUACGGUUUAAACUGAAGAAGUUAUAAUUGACAAAGUAUGGCUGAUUCAUUGCAACUCAAUCUCGACUCUACCGAGGAUGACACAAAAGAAGAAUUGUACAGUGUACGUGAUGGUAUGAUCUUUAUAAUCGAUGCUACCAAAGACAUGUUUGAACCGGAUAGUGAUUCUUGUUAUUUUUCUCAAUGCCUUAAGAUUUAUCAGAACAUUUUAUCACAAAAAUUAGUAGAUAAUAAGCAAGAUUGGAUGGGAAUCACACUUUGUGGAUCAGAGAAGCAUGAUCAGGAUUUGGAUAUUAAAAACAUUUUAACUGUGCAAAAACUUUCUCCAGUAACAAUUGAGAUGAUGCAGAUGAUAAUGAAUAUAUCGAAAGAUUGCAAAGCAUACGCCACGGAGAUUGGCCACUCGAAAAAUUUUCCCUUACGUAAUGGAUUAUGGUAUGCUAGUCAACAGUUCAGCGCUGUCAAUGUAACAAUGGGUAUGAAAAGCGUCUAUCUAAUGACAACGCAAAGUGAUCCAUUUAAAGGAGAAGAUGCAGAGAAACAUGGCGUCAGAUUGCAAGCUCAAAGAUUCAGCGACAUCAAUAUAGAUUUUCGCGUAAUUGGGCUGGGACCCAAUUGGGACGAAAAUGUCUUUUUCAAAGACGUAGAGCUGAUCUCUGGUAAAAUUCAGGGAGAAGAUUACACAAGAUUAUAUCUACAAGAUUUAGAGUUGCAAGUGAAGCAGCCAUCAACAGUUAUGGCCAACAUUCCUUUAAGACUCGGUGGUGUUAAGAUUCCCGUUACAUUGAGUGAUUUAUGUAGAAAAAUAUUGUAUUCUUCUCGUAUGCGUAUCGACAAAGCAACUAAUGAACAAUUGAAAACGGUGGGAGUUUUUGAGAAAGGGAAGACUGAAGAAAAGAAGGACAGGGAAGAGGAUGAUGAGGAAAAGGGAGAGGAUGAAGAGGAUUCAGAGGAGAUACUGACAUCCGAUGAUGUCCAGUACGUUCAGACCUUUGGUGGCAAAGACAUUUAUUUUAAUGGAAAAGAAAUUAAAGGCCUAGGGAAUAUACGCCCUCCUGGAAUUGAUCUACUUUGUUUCAAGCCGUUGAAUUUCAAUAUAGCAUACCACGUUGACCCACCGAACAUUGUUCAAUACAGUACAUCUGCUUCAGAGAGCGAGAAAAUGUUAUUUGUCGGUUUAUUGGUUAAGUGUCAGGAGAAAAAUAUCAUGGGUGUAUGUUCAGUGACUAUUAGGAAAAACUCGGCACCUCUUUUCUAUACAAUGAUACCAGACAUGGAGCACAGUGGAUUUUAUUUGUACAAGCUCGCGAGUAUGGAACAAGUGAAUGAUAUCGAGGCAGAGGAAGCCGAGGAGUGGAUGACCAAUGAUGAUGAUGGACUUCCAAUUGAUGAAGAAGGAGUUGAACUUUUUGAGGAAAUUAUUCAGAAAACUAAGUUUAUAUAUCACCAGGAUUUAUUUCACGAUCCAGUAAUACAAACAAAACUUGAAGGCAUUGAAGCAUUAGCACUGAACAAAGAGAAGCUAAGAGAUAUCACAGACACAACAAUUCCACUAGUGAAAAAUAUGCAAGAACGACUGGGAGAUUUACCGGAACAGUUUGAUAAACUGUUUGGAAAUAUGGAAGAACAAAGUUCAGCAUCGAGCAAUUCAGGCGUGAGCAGGAAGCGAAAAGUGGAAAAUUGUUUUUUCAACAAAACAAAAUUUGAUAGUUACACCGUAGUACAAUUGAGAGAGUACUUGAAGAACAAAGGGUUGGCAACAUGGGGCAAAAAAGCUGAUCUUAUAAACAGAAUUUAUCAGAAUUUUUCUUAAAAUCAAUUUAAUCGUUGGAUAAAUUCCUUCAAUAUUUGUCAUAUUUGGCAAAAUUUAACGUUAAUUUACACUCUUAAAUUAUUUACGCUCUUUAGAUUAUUUCUUGAUACAAAGAGGUCAUUUAAACUGCAACGAUAAUGAUCAUUCAAAGUUCGUUCUAUAGAGCUGUUACACUGAUAUGUUUAUAUGCUAAUUAUUUUUCACUGAUAUUAAUCAACGGUUAGCGCGAUCAUUAUUGAAUAACCAUAUGGAAAAAUUAUGUAGUGAUAGUAAUUUCAAAAUGUUUGCAGUUUGUAUAUGCACUUGUAGUGUUGAAUAUUUGUACAGUGCCCGGUUCAUAGAACCAAAAUAAAUCGAUUUCGACAAGGAAAAAAAGAAGAAACGCUUCCUAAAUCAUUGAUAAA